GAAAGUGGCUAAGCUUGAAAAAGGAUCAAGUUUCUCUCUUAACUAGUGACAAUAGCUCUUAAAGCAUGGUUAACUUUAUGUAAUAAAAGUGAAAUCAACUUGUCUAUAUAAAAUAAUCUAAGAGCUCAAAGAUUCAAAUCUUCAAGUUCCACAUGUACUAAAUAAAAAAGAAAGAGAAAAAAUCGAAAUGUUUACCUCAAGGGAUUGGUGGGCAAUGGCGGUCAGCAAUACACCAUGCCCAUGAGUUGAAGUGGGGCACUAAUGAUAUAAGGUAAAAAAGCCUGUGGGAUUGGACUUCGAGAAAAUUCCAUUCACACAUUUGAGGUUAAAAAUGAAAAGUGAUUUUGUUUGUUAUUACAUACCUGUUGAAUAGACAUCAAGAAUCGAGCCAACGAAGCAUGUCCGCCUAGUCAUUCCUCUUUGAGAUAGGAGUUAACCAGCUGUGGCUCUGAGUUAGCUGAACUAUGCAUCACAUUUCCCCUCUUUAAAAGAAGCCUACACAGAUUAAUAAUGUUUGUGAAUAAUGUUGAAAACUAAACCAUCAUAAUUUUAAUUUGUUAAUAUUUUGAAUUCUUCCAAGCUGUCACUAUUCACAAAAACCUGUCUGACUUGUGCAAGUCUCAGCAAGAGUACAACCAAUAAAGCAUCAAAUGACAUGUUCUUCCUCAUCUUUUACCAAUCAUGGACUUGGACAUGAAGAAACUACAAGACGUUUUCUUUCUUGAAUUGGGGAAGAACGUGUAUGGAUUGUGAUUCACUAGCCCAUUCGUUAUCCUUACCUUCUUUAUGUGUGAAUUCAUGUUCGCUCAAUUCCUAUCUGUUCUAAUACUCAUUACUCAUAAACAAUAGAAGGAAAUGGCUUCAGACACAAUCAUGGCAAGUGUUGUGUGCCAAGUGCAUAGUGGAUUAAUAGAGAGAACAGCACCAUGCAGAGGAUAUGUUCAAGGUGAAGUUAAAUGUAAAGUGCAAGUAAAGAAGCUAAAACUCAACUGGUCUCUACCAUGUUGGUCUAUAACACCAAGGAUCAAUAUUCGGACUCCGGCAUAUGAGAUGACUAUGAUAGAACCAGAGGUAUCAAGCAGCAGUCCUGACUAUGAUGUAAAGUUGAUACAAAAUUAUGUGCCAGUUUAUGUGAUGCUCCCAUUGGAAAUUGUUACAACUGAUAAUGAACUGGAAGAUAGAGAUGGGAUAAAGAAACAACUCGAACAACUACGAGCAGCAGAUGUAGAUGGGGUAAUGAUUGAUGUUUGGUGGGGGAUUGUAGAAUCUAAAGGGCCAAAUCAGUACGAUUGGACUGCAUAUAGGAGCUUAUUUAAGAUAAUUCAAGAAUGUGGCCUGAAACUUCAAGCUAUAAUGUCCUUCCACCAAUGUGGAGGGAAUGUGGGAGAUUCUGUCAAUAUUCCACUCCCCAGUUGGGUUCUCAAAAUUGGAGAAUUAAAUCCUGAUAUCUUUUACACAAACCGAUCAGGGACCAGGAACAAGGAGUACCUCACUCUCGGAGUCGAUAACCAACCUCUCUUUCAUGGGCGAACUGCUGUAGAGUUAUACAGGGAUUACAUGAAGAGCUUCAGAGAAAAUAUGGUGGAUUUUUUAGACGAUGGUCUUAUAAUAGACAUUGAAGUGGGACUUGGCCCCGCCGGGGAGUUGAGGUAUCCGUCAUAUGUACAAAAUCAGGGAUGGGAAUUUCCUGGUAUUGGAGAAUUCCAGUGCUAUGACAAAUAUCUCAAAAUGGAAUUCAAUGAGGCCGCAGCAACUGCUGGACAUCCUGAAUGGAAACUUCCAGAUAAUGCAGGAACUUACAAUGACGCUCCCGAAUCUACAGAGUUUUUCAGAUCGAAUGGCACUUACCAAUCUGAUGAAGGAAAGUUUUUCUUGACAUGGUAUUCCAACAAGUUAUUGAACCAUGGUGAUCAGAUCCUUGAAGAAGCAAACCAAGUUUUCCUUGGUUGUAAACUUAAACUAGCAGCCAAAGUAGCCGGGAUCCACUGGUGGUAUCAAACAGAAAACCAUGCAGCUGAGCUUACAUCAGGAUAUUAUAAUUUGAAAACUAGAGAUGGAUACCGACCUAUAGCAAGGAUGCUAUCAAGGCACCAUGCAAUUUUGAAUUUUACAUGUCUAGAGAUGAGGAAUUAUGAGCAUAUUUCAAAAGCCAAAAGUGGACCUGAGGAACUAGUUCAGCAGGUUCUAAGUGGAGGUUGGAGAGAAGGCAUUGUAGUAGCAGGAGAGAAUGCACUACCAAGGUAUGACCAUGCAGCUUACAAUCAAAUUCUUUUGAAUGCUAGACCAAACGGAAUCAACAAAGACGGUCAACCAAAGCAUAAGAUGUUUGGAGUGACAUACCUUCGACUUUGUAACAAACUCCUGCAAAAGAGAAAUUUCAAUAUAUUCAAGCGCUUUGUGAUGAAGAUGCAUGCUGAUCAGGGUUACUGCCCCAACCCAGAGGACUAUAACUGCUAUGUUGUCCCACUCAAUCACUCAAAAGAAAAAAUUUCAAUGGAAGCACUUUUAGAAGCAACUGAACCAUCGAAGCCAUUCUCAUGGGAUAGGGAAACCGAUACUCCAAUUGGUGGUCCUUUUGUGGAUUUCUUUAAUAGAAUACUGUAUAUAUUUAAGUGAAAUAAGAUAUACACAAAACGGUACUAUAGAGUUCAUGUAUAAGAAACAGUGUUCCUCUUGCUAUUGUAUAAUAUUGAUAUGAAAUAAAGUUAAAUAACAAUUACCGAAAA